UCCUUCAUUCGAAAUUUCUUCUUUCAUAUUACAUGUUAAAUGAGGCUGCCGACGUCGAACGAACGUGAAAGUAACUUCAGCAACUGCCGAUUUCAGUAGUCCUUUAGGGCGGCAGUCAAAAUACGUCAGCAACGGGAUCUGAUUCCUACCGGCAGAUGGCGCGCUAACUAUGAAUGAGUAGUAUUAAGUACCUGACGUAAGGGAGCCACUCUUUAUUUUUGAAUUCGUUGUUUUGUUGUCACAGCAACCAGAAGCGUCUCUCCGUCACUUCCAGCUAUCCGACACGGCCAGCUGUUGACUGGCUUAUUUUUGUAGUCUCGUCAACACUAAUUUAAAGUGGAAACACUGCGAGCCCUCAUAUCCGUGCCUGUCGUUUGUUACAGCUGAGGUGCACAGGCAGCGAGAUUUGAACGCCGCUUGUCUGGAAAGCCGCAUGCUAAUCCCUCCAUGACGUGUCCGAGCUGGGAAGCUGAGGCACUGAGCUGGAAUACGGGAGCAGCAGCGAAUCUGAGCACCUGAAACAACUGUUGUUUCAUCAUGGGGGAGCUGAGGUCCACCUCUCCCGGGCUUCGUUUGGACCUGAACAACUUUGACUCAGCCGAUGCAGAGAGGAGUCGGUAUGUUUUAACGAGCCCCCGCUCACUGCAGUCCUGUGCACGACUUGGUAUCAGACCUGUUGAACUUCUCAUUAAAUCGCUAAAUGAGCUGAUUGCCGAGCAGAAUGACGUGCCAUUUGAGACGGUGAGAGUUAUGCAUGAAUCCUACGAAAAGGAGAGAAUGAAGCGUUUACAAAUGUGCCGGGAGGAGAGGGAGAGGAUUAUCCAGGCGGCUGGGGACAGGUGGCCAGGCAGUAACAGUCACGUCUCAGGCCUGGAAGUGGUGCCUGUGACAAAACUGACAGAUCAAUCAACAGACAGACAAACGGGGUCCAUCCCAUAUGCAGAUCUGUGCUUUACGGGGAAAUCUCCGAGCAGGUCCACCUGUUCGGCUGUUGGCAACAGACACCCAGACAGGAGCACAGUCUGCAGUCUCAGCCUGGGAGACUUCAGACACUCCCCGGCGACUGAGAUGAAACUGGAAAGGCUCACCAAGGACAUCAAAAAAGAGAUGUGCGUCACAGUGUCCGAGAGAGACCGCAAGAUAGCAGCUCUCAUGCUGGUGAAGCACCAGGAGGAGCAGGCAUCCAUGAAGCUCAUUCAGCAAGAGGAACAGAAGCGACAGGAGGCUCGCAGGCAUGACGAAGCCCAGCAGGUGCGAGCAGAGAAAGAGAAGAGGAGGAAACUGAAAAGGAGUAUGCAACGCUGGCGUGAGGAGCUGGAGUCCCGCAGGAGACUGAGGGAGCAACGGGACAACGAGAAAGCAGGACAGCUUGAGCAAGAGGUGCAGAUGCAAGAGGACAGAUGGAGGAGGCUGAAAGAAGAGGUUGAGGCACAACGCAGGGAUAAGAGAGAGGCUGCACAGAAAGAGGCAGGGGUGCGCAAACACUGCCAGGAGAAGCUGCUGAAAGAGCAGGAGGAGGUGGAAAAAAGAAGGCGAGAGAGGGAGAGGCAAGUAGCAGAGGAGAGGGAGCAGAGGGCCAGGAGGAGCAAAGUAUCACAGGAGAGGAGGAAGAGGAAGAGGCUGGAGGAGGGAAAUCGUAGGGAGCUGCUGCGACACGUCCUGCUGAAACAGCAGGUAGAGCAGCAGGUGGAGGAGGAGCAAGCACAGAUGAGGAGCACACUGAAGAAGAAGCUCCAGCAUUCCUGGGAGAAACGCGCCCAGGCUGCAGAGACACGACUCAGAGAGCUGCAGAAGCAGGCAGCCCGGGAGGAGGAGCAAAUCCAGAGAGCUCAGCUGAAGGCCGAGCUCCACAACAUACAGCAGCUCACGCACAAACAGACCCUGGUUCAGCUGAGCCAGCAGCGCAUGGAGAGAGCCGCCCUGCGCGCCUCAGCCCGGCACAGGACCAGAGCUCAGCAGACACAUGAACGCAACACACACAGGCAGCUCUGCCACCAGAUGCUGAGGGAGAAGGUGCAGAGUGAGGAGGAGGCGUUGAGAAAGGUCAAAGAGAGCUGCAUCUCCAUGAAGGAGUGGAGGAGGGAGCGGCUGCGGCGACAGCGGGAUCAGAUACAGGAGGAGGCCCACAGGCUGGCUCGGGCCUCCUUUCACAUGAGGGAGAGAGUGAGGCAGCAGACGCGCAGUCGAACCUUCGAUCAGAUGGCUCUGGAGGCUCAGCUGACUGCCUCCUUGAGCCGCAUGAAACUAUGAAAAAAAUUAUUAACUCCCAAAGGCCCUCCUCACCAGCAUCUCCUCUAAUCAGUACAGUUCAGGCAUUAACUGACUCACCGAGGGCUGUGGUGAAAUAAGUGAAUUCAGAUAGUUUAAAGAAAAACAUCCCUCCUAUCUGAAAUCUAGGAAUGUGGCAAGAACCUGCCGCUCAAGUAUGUGAAUUUGUUGUAACCAGGGUGCCACGAGAGGGUGAAUGUUGGGGCCGGGAGCAGCAAUGA